AUGGCAGAUCCGCUGUGUUGUUGGGAAUUUCGUCGCUUCGUGCCCGUGUUAUUGUACAGGUGGAAACAGGCCAAGCCGAGCAAGGUUUUUCAGGCUUUGAGGUUGGAUGUUGCGCAGUUGGCCGACGCGCUGCAGAUGCCUGUAGCACGUCGCACGUUCCUGUCCCUGAGAGCAGAAGCGGAGAGGGUGAAGAAGGGAGGACAACCGACACCACCGCAAUCACAACCUUUCAUCUCACGGCCUCCGUAUUCUGUCACGACGGAGGCCUUGCUAAUGUGGUUGCUAUACCAUUCGAGCAGUCGGAAGUUGGAGUCGCACAGGGUCCGCGCGCAGGCGAUGAUCUUGGCGCUGCUGUGCUGUUUCCUAAGCCCCGAGAUCCAUGCCAAUAUGGCCUGGGACGACAUCUGGUCGGAUCAAGUUUGUGCAUGUUGCGACGGCGACCUCGGCCAUGCCACCUGCGCCCACUUCCGGGCGGCUCCGCCCAGGCCACGACCCGGAAGGGACGGCAACCAGGAUUUGGUCGAAAGUAUGGUCAAAUUUGCUAAGCUCGUUCCCGUCUGCGGUGCCAGUGCCGAGGCUUUGCGGCGACUGCUCCAGUUCAUUUCCGCGGCCGUCUAUGCCGGGGCAUCCGUUGGUGCCAGCGACAAUUCGUGCAAGCAGAGGCCCCUCCGCGGCCGGAAGAGGCAGCUUAGGACGGAUGAGGAUUACAAACACCACGUCAUGGUGCAGUUGCCUAAGAAGAGAGCGAUCAUGGGCGGCAGCAUGGCGCUUGCUUGUGACUCCGACAUGCGCGACGAGAGCAGGGGCAGGGAUUGGUUGUGCCAGCAGGUCAACGAGUACCUCCACUCUGGAUGGCACCAGUUGGCCAGUCAUGGGCCUCUGCGCCGGCCCAUGUCCUUAGUGGAGGAUGCUGCGAGGCUGGGCAACCCGAAACAGGAGACAGAGGUGUCCAGCAUCUGGAUCCCCGAACUGCAGACUGGCAGGUUCCUUCCUGCACAGGUGCUCCCAGACUUUCGUGGUUCGGACACCAAAGCACGUUCGAAACUCAAGCCCCGUUCUGUGGAUUUGAUCAGGGACAGGAUUCGGGCCUUUCUCGAGAAGAAGAAGGCAGUCGCCAAUGGCCGUGGGACUAUGACGAUAAAGCAAGCACGUUUGGCCAACAAGUAUUCUCUCAUGGCCACCGACAACGCGCUGAGGGGCGGCCUGGGUUGCAGCGGCCUGUCCGAGUUCAAGCCGUCCCACGUUGUCGGCCGACUUGGCCCCGACGAGGAGAGAUACAUGGUGCCGCUCGCGUCCUUGCCAGCCCCGUUGCAGGCUGGCGCCUGCAGCAGGGUCCAGAGAAGCUGCGUGAGGAACUUGACGACAGGCGUUCGGCGUCUGGAAGUUGCGUGGGGAAAGCCUCGUCCGAGCUUGCACUCAGUGAUUGACAUGGGCUCGAUCGGUUUCCCUGCAAAGAUGCACUUGUAUUUCAAUCCGAAGAAGGAUCGCUGCAUCAGAGGUUCUUUGGAGAUGGACCCGGCGCACCGCAGGCACGACAAUCAAUAG